UUAGUAACUAGUAUUAACCGGUUGGGCUUCUGCUUCCUGAAUACUCAGUCCCUUUUUUGCCUUAUGCUGAUUAAUUUCAAGAUGGAGGAGACAGCCACGUUCCUUCCUUAGACAGUUUCCCCAUACUUAUUCCACAGAGCAGAGAGUGAAGAAAACUAAAAUCCAGUUUAUUGUAUUACAAUACUAUGUCAUAACAGUCAGAUUAUUUUCCACUUGUUCAUCAAGAUGGAAAGCUCAGAUUCUAACGAUAAAGGAAGUGGUGAUCAGUCUGCAGCACAGCGCAGAAGUCAGAUGGACCGAUUGGAUCGGGAAGAAGCUUUCUAUCAAUUUGUAAAUAACCUGAGUGAAGAAGAUUAUAGACUUAUGAGGGAUAACAAUUUGCUAGGCACCCCAGGUGAAAGUACUGAGGAAGAGUUGCUGAGAAGACUACAACAAAUUAAAGAGGGCCCACCACCACAAAACUCAGAUGAAAACAGAGGUGGAGACUCUUCAGAUGAUGUGUCCAAUGGUGACUCUAUAAUAGACUGGCUUAACUCCGUCAGACAAACUGGAAAUACAACAAGAAGUGGUCAAAGAGGAAACCAAUCUUGGAGAGCAGUGAGCCGGACUAAUCCAAACAGUGGUGAUUUCAGAUUCAGUUUAGAGAUCAACGUUAACCGUAAUAAUGGGAGCCAAAAUCCAGAGAAUGAAAAUGAGCCAUCUGCAAGACGUUCUGGUGGAGAAAAUACAGACAACAGCAGCCAAAGGCAAGUGGAAAAUCCACGAUCUGAAUCAACAUCUGCAAGGCCAUCUAGAUCAGAACGAAAUUCAACUGAGGCAUUAACGGGAGAAGUCGCACCUACCAGAGGUCAGAGAAGGGCAAGAAGCAGGAGCCCAGACCAUCGGAGAACCCGAGCGAGAGCUGAAAGAAGUAGGUCACCUCUGCAUCCAAUGAGUGAAAUUCCACGGAGAUCUCAUCAUAGUAUCUCAUCUCAGACUUUUGAGCAUCCUUUGGUAAAUGAGACUGAGGGAAGUUCUAGAACCCGACACCAUGUGACAUUGAGACAGCAAAUAAGUGGACCUGAUUUGCUAAGUAGAGGUCUUUUUGCAGCUUCUGGAACAAGAAAUGCCUCACAAGGAGCAGGUUCUUCAGACACAACCAGCAGUGGUGAAUCUGCAGGAUCAGGACAGAGACCUCCAACCAUAGUCCUUGAUCUGCAAGUAAGAAGAGUUCGUCCUGGAGAAUACCGUCAGAGAGAUAGCAUAGCUAGCAGAACUCGGUCAAGGUCUCAGACGCCAAACAAUACUGUCACUUAUGAAAGUGAACGAGGAGGUUUUAGGCGUACAUUUUCACGUUCCGAACGGGCAGGUGUGAGAACCUAUGUCAGUACCAUCAGAAUUCCAAUUCGUAGAAUCUUAAAUACUGGUUUAAGUGAGACCACAUCUGUUGCAAUUCAGACCAUGUUAAGGCAGAUAAUGACAGGUUUUGGUGAAUUAAGCUACUUUAUGUACAGUGAUAGCGAUUCCGAGCCCAGUGGCUCAGUCUCAAGUCGAAAUGUGGAAAGGGCAGAGUCACGGAAUGGAAGAGGGGGUUCUAGUGGUAGUAGCAGUUCUGGUUCCAGUUCCAGUUCCAGUUCAAGUUCUAGUUCCAGUUCCAGUUCUAGUUCCAGUUCCAGUCCUAGUUCCAGUUCCAGUGGUGAAAGUUCAGAGACUAGCUCAGAGGUGUUUGAAGGCAGUAAUGAAGGAAGCUCAUCAUCAGGCUCAUCAGGUGCCAGACGAGAGGGUCGACACAGGGCCCCGGUAACAUUUGAUGAAAGUGGCUCUUUGCCCUUCCUUAGUCUGGCUCAGUUUUUCCUCUUAAAUGAGGAUGAUGAUGACCAACCUAGAGGACUCACCAAAGAACAGAUUGACAACUUGGCAAUGAGAAGUUUUGGUGAAAACGAUGCAUUAAAAACCUGUAGUGUUUGCAUUACAGAAUACACAGAAGGCAACAAACUUCGUAAACUACCUUGUUCCCAUGAGUACCAUGUCCACUGCAUCGAUCGCUGGUUGUCUGAGAAUUCUACCUGUCCUAUUUGUCGCAGAGCAGUGUUAGCUUCUGGUAACAGAGAAAGCGUUGUGUAAUUAAGUUCUGAACUCUCAGCUAUGUAGCUGGUAUAGUGAUGGGCAAACAGGAAUCACUUGCUUUCUGCCCACUUUUUGAGUGGUGCUUAAAUGUAAAGUAGCAACCUGAAUUGAGUCAUUGCUUUCUGAGUGAAUCAUUGUCCUUUUUCCAGUUUCUGUUCCAGAAUAAAAGGAAAUAUUUAAAAAGCAAUGUUUUAGGACAUAAAAAUCUGAUUUCAGUACCAGUAAUUGAUAUUACUGAUGAUUUGUCAUAUAUGCUUAUCAGUUUCUCCUUUGUUAUCUUUAAAGAUCUGCCUUAGCAAUGGCUCUUUAUCCAUUUCAUUCACAUUGAUCUUUAACAUUUCCCACACCAUAGGAGAGGGGCAAAGGAAACUGCCAGUUUAGACUAAGUUACAGUACAUGUUUCAUAAGUGAUUGCUUAAAGCUAUACCAUUCCCAGUUAUUAGUUGGCACAAAUUCAGCUAAAUGCUGAAUAUCAUUUGUUCACCUUUCAGAUGAGGUGAUAUUGGACGUCAGUGUAAAUAACACUAAGGUUAGGAUCUUCUAAGUGUAAAACUGUCUCCUAAGCCCAUCACUGUGGCACACUGUAGAGUGAGCUUAUAGUUUAAUUGAGAUAUUUAUCUUGUGGAAAUAUUAAAAAGCCUAUGCUUGUGUAAGUGAAAAAUCACAUUCAUUUGUUUAAAAAUGUAAAGCUAUUUUGUAGAGGCUCAGUACUUUUCCAAUGCACUGUUGUAUUAAUGCAUUAAAAAUUGUAAAGUACCAUGCUUAGAAAUGAAAAAAAAAACUGCUUUUUGUGAGCCAAGAUAGUAAA